CGGGCGCUCUUUCUGAAAAGGGGUUUCAGUAUUUGGUCGAGGCCGCAGGAUUCCGAGCGGGGUUUUUGCGAAGAUGGAAGGCGUAAUGGGUGGAGGCGAUAAAGCUUGGAACGAGGAAGAUAAAAGUGCAAGUUCAGGAUAUUUCUCCAUUGUGCUGGCAGCGUCACUGUCAAUUGCCACGGCUUUCUCGUUCUUUUCCUUCUCUUUCUUUUUCAAAAGAUCGCUGACACCUGAGAGCUCUGAACUCGAGUGGACGAUAGGACAGCGAGCAAGUUCUGGAAGAGCUUAUAUACCAUGAUGUGCACGCGAUGCCAUGACAGGACAUCCAAACCAUACGCAAUGAGGGGUCGAAUCUCUGCGACGUGGGCUCCCAUGAUGGUGGGGGGAGGGGAGCAGUGGCGGCCAUUAUG